AUUUCAUUUUCUUUUGUACGAAACUCUCUCUUCUUCUUCUUCUUCUCCCUCACACCAGUCCCCACCAUUGUUAAAAAAAACACUCCCCACGAUCAACGAACCCAACCAACCCACCUCAAUUCUCACAAACUCCACAUUUUCAAUUCACUUAAGAUCUCUGCAGGAAGAGCUUCUCACUUUUCAAUUCAACCUCAUCCACGAUCCAUUCACUAGCAUUAUUAUUUAUUACAUGCAAUGCUUUGACCUUCAGCCACCACACCACAGCGCGUGUCUUCGUCCCGAAGCAAAACCGAAUGGGUCUCUGCACUUCCAAACCCACUCUUUCCUCUCCUCAAUCCGCCACACACUCCCCCGUGGCACCUUCUCAAAACGACGCCGUCACACUCACUCACAGUGCCGAACCUCACUCCAAUGGCGAAAACCAAAACCCAAAGGAGCCUGAGAACAGCGGUAAGAGAUCUCCGUUUUUCCCGUUCUACAGUCCGAGUCCGGGCCGCUACGUGUUCCCGGUCUCGCCGCGGCGCUUCUUCAAGCGCCCGUUUCCGCCGCCGUCGCCGGCCAAGCACAUAAAGGCGGCGCUAGCGCGGCGGCACGGGUCGGUGAAGCCCAACGAGGCUGCCAUACCGGAGGCCGAGGCGGUCGCCGGGCUCGACAAGAACUUCGGAUUCUCCAAGCAUUUCGGAAACAAAUAUGAACUUGGAGGUGAGGUUGGGAGAGGGCACUUUGGAUACACUUGUGUUGCGAAGGUGAAGAAAGGGGAGCUGAAGGGACAACAAGUGGCCGUUAAAGUCAUUCCAAAAGCCAAGAUGACCACUGCAAUUGCCAUCGAGGAUGUGAGAAGGGAAGUAAAAAUAUUGAGAGCUUUGACUGGACACAAGAAUCUAGUACAAUUCUAUGAUGCAUAUGAAGACCAUGAUAAUGUCUAUAUAGUAAUGGAGUUGUGUGAAGGAGGAGAGUUGUUAGACAGAAUAUUAUCAAGUGACUGGAAGAGGCAAAAUUAUGUCAACAACUAUAAGAUAUCUCUUUGCUCUUUCAGAGGUGGGAAAUACACAGAGGAAGAUGCAAAAGCUGUCCUGAGACAAAUACUGAAUGUUGUUGCUUUUUGCCAUUUACAGGGUGUUGUGCAUCGUGAUCUUAAACCUGAGAACUUCUUGUUUGCAUCCAAGGAGGAUACCUCAAAGCUGAAGGCCAUAGACUUUGGGUUGUCAGAUUUUGUUAAACUAGAUGAAAGACUUAAUGAUAUUGUUGGCAGUGCAUACUAUGUGGCUCCCGAAGUUCUACAUAGAGCUUACAGUACAGAGGCUGAUGUCUGGAGCAUUGGAGUGAUUGCAUAUAUUUUAUUAUGUGGUAGCCGUCCCUUUUGGGCCCGGACCGAAUCUGGUAUCUUUCGUGCGGUAUUGAAAGCUGAUCCAAUUUUUGAUGAACCUCCUUGGCCUUCUCUGUCAGAUGAGGCAACCAAUUUUGUUAAGCGAUUACUAAAUAAAGAUCCACGGAAAAGAAUGUCCGCAGCACAGGCAUUAAGUCAUCCAUGGAUUAGAAACAAGGAUGUAAAAGUACCUCUGGAUAUUCUAAUAUUCAAGCUCAUGAAGGCAUAUAUGCGUUCCUCAUCUCUACGAAAAGCAGCUUUAAGGGCUCUGUCUAAGAUGUUAACUGUUGAUGAGCUAUUUUAUUUGAGGGAGCAGUUUGCACUUUUAGAGCCAAGCAAAAAUGGCACUAUUAGCUUGGAAAAUAUCAAAGCGGUCUUGAUGGUAAAUGCAACAGAUGCUAUGAAGGAGUCACGCAUACCUGACUUUUUGGCAUCACUUAAUGCAUUACAAUAUAGAAGGAUGGAUUUUGACGAGUUCUGUGCAGCUGCCCUUAGUGUUCAUCAACUUGAAACACUUGACCAGUGGGAGCAAAAUGCACGUUGUGCCUAUGACCUUUUUGAAAAGGAUGGAAACAAGGCCAUAGUCAUAGACGAACUAGCUUCGGAGCUUGGGCUUGGUCCAUCUGUCCCUGUUCACGCUGUUCUCCAUGAUUGGAUUCGGCACACUGAUGGAAAAUUAAGUUUCCUUGGAUUUGUCAAACUGUUGCAUGGCCCAUCUAGAAGUCUUGCAAAAGGUCAAUAGACCUCAGAAGCCCAAUAGAAUAGCCAAGAGUGCUUGACUAAACUAUAUGAUGAUCUAUCUGGCUUAAAAAUUGCUAACGGAAUCAUCACAACCCUAUUAUCAAGUGAUUGUCUUUCGCAUUGUGCCUCAGCAUAUACUCUUUUAGAAUGAUCUCGUUCUUUUACAACUUGGAGCAGGAGGCAAACCUGCUACAGGAGUUUGUAUUUUCCACUGUAAAGCUGUAGUGUAUUAAAAGGGUACACUCAAAUACUGUAACAUGUUAGAAGGUUCAAAAUUGAGGGGCAUCAUUCUUGUAAUCUUGUCCACAUGCAAAUUCAUUGCCUUGUAUCCAGAGCUGAAAGAAAGAGGGUUUGGGGGCUCUUUUGCGCUUUCAGCAUUAUUGUAGCUUUUGGGAAUUUGUAAUUUGAUUUUUCUUGGAUUAUUUUCUCAUCAUUUAAAGGUGUUGAUCAUGUUGAUAAUUGGCCUGAGGCAGGAAAUAUGAAGUAUAUAUAUCCCACCCCAAUUCUACACAA